AUGUCGCGCGCGUCCACGUGGACGCCCGCGCUCGAGAUCGAGCGCGACGCGCGCGCGGUCGAGCGCUACGCUCGACACCUCGUGCUCCCGCGCGGCGCCGCGCUCCAGCGCGCGCUGUGCGCCGCGAGAGUUCUCGUCGUCGGGUGCGGCGGUUUGGGAUGUCCCGUGGCGACGUACCUGAGCGCGAACGGCGUCGGGACGAUCGCGCUGUGCGACGCGGACGACGUGGAGCUGAGCAACCUGCACCGGCAGGUGGGACACGCGACGAGCAAAGUCGGGACGAGCAAAUCGGCAUCGCUGCGAGAGCGGUGUCUCGGGCUGAACGAUGGGAUUGAAAUCAUAGAGCAUCGACUUUUCGUCAAUCAGAUGAACGCGAAUGAAAUGGUCGAUGGGUUCGAUUUGGUGUGCGAUUGCAGCGACAACCCCAGGACGCGAUACGUGCUCUCGGACGCGUGCGCGCGACGAGGGGUGCCGCUCGUGAGCGCGGCGUGCGUCGGGUUCGAGGGUCAACUCACAGUGUUGUGCGGAACGCGGUGUUGGGACGACGAAAGGCGCGAGUUCGGCGCAUUCACGCCGGCGCCGUGUUAUCGAUGUCUGUUUCCGACGCCGCCAGCUGCGGGCGACGCCGGAACGUGCGGGGCCUCGGGCGUGCUCGGUGUGCUUCCGGGCAUCGUCGGUACAUUUCAAGCACUCGAGGCCAUCAAAGUUUUGAGCGGAAUCGGGGAGACGUUGCGAGGGAAAAUGGUCUAUUUCGACUCGCUGAGCGCGUCGCCGACCAUGACGCUCAACAUGCGCGAGGAGAGAGAUCCCAGGUGCGCGUGUUGCUCGGUGGAAAAGUUCGAUCAGAAAACGUAUGAUUACGACGCAUUCUUAUCUUCGACGCCGUGUCCGAUCAAGUUUGUGAAAACGACAUCGAUUAACGGGGUAGAUUUGAGUGCGCCGCCUGCGCAUGGGCCCGGCGAAUCGCUCGACGAGGAACUUCAGAAGCAUUCGGCGUGGAAGCGGCUGAGCACGGGUGAUUUCCAAUCUCGGAGCUCAUCCACUGGAGCGCUCAUCGUCGACGUCCGAUCAAAGCGCCUGUUCGACGCCGCCCAUCUGCGUGGCUCGGUGAACAUUCCCAUAGAAAUGCUCGAUGAAGGCGAAUGGCGAUCCGUCGUUGCCGAGGCCGACGCUAACGUCGAUACUGUUUUAUUCGUGUGUGCUGGAGGCAACAAUAGUCAACGUGCGUCGGCAUGGUUCGCAAACUCUUCGCUCAGAGGUUUUCGAGACGUUUUCGACAUGCGUGGAGGACUCGCGGCGUGGCGCCGAGACGUCGAUCCGUCGUUCCCCAAACUUGGUUAA